AUGUCCGGAGGCUAUGAUAACGACUACGACUCGGACUGCGACUACUACGACUAUGACGAUGAUUACAUCUACGCCGAUGCAGGAGCCUUCGACCUAGCCGACGAACUCGCGUCUGGAGCAAUAGCCGAAGCUCCCGCCUUGUACUACCGCGAUGACGAACUCGAAGAAUACGACAACUACAAUUUCUGGUCAGAGAUCGAGUACGGUAACAAAGAAAUCUUCGACCAAGAAUCCGCCCAUAUCAACCCAACCGACAAGAAAAAGAAGUCAAAGGCUGCAGAGAUCAAGGACACAAUCAAGAAGAUACGCUUGCGCGGCAUUCAAGAUUACCCGACCGUCUUAUGGAAAUCCUCACAAGAAGCCUUCAGUCUGAGUCAACCUUGCCCCGUCUACGACAAGCCACAACAACCGACCUCGCUCCUCCCAAAUUGGCGACAGCUCCUCAAAGACCGACCUGCUGUAUUCACCACAUCAUACAUGGCCAUCCACACUACCAAGGACAAGCAAGAAGACGCUGAAUGGGAGGACAUGUCAGAAGACAAUCAUGACGACGAGGAAGGUGACGAAGAUGACGACGAAGACGACGACGAUGAAGCCGACGAAGAAGCCACGGCCUUGCAAGACAUUGAUCCAGAGAUGCUCAAGUCUGCUCUUGCGGCGAGACUGUCGGCUUCUGGAAUGGCAGGCAAGGACCAGUCGGCCAUGAUGGAAGCCAUGCUGCAGAUGCUGGCUGGAGGCGACGGUGCUGCUAACGACGACCUCCUUGAGAGUCUCACAUCCAACAUGCUGAAUCAAGUCACCAAAGAGGGCGGCGACUCGUCUAUGGGGCAAUGGCUGGCUGGACAAGGUGUAUCGCUUGAAGAAGAUGCUGAGACUGGUGACGAAGAGCAGGAGAGCAACUCAUCCAUGACAGCUGGCGCAUCCAAGGACUCCUCACCAAAGGACAGCGUAGCAGCUGAACAACCAGCUGCCCCCAAGCUCUCGGACCCAUCGAUCGAGGUACUACUCGAACCACAGUCUACAGGAAAGAAGCGAAAACAUCCUCUAUCCGAAGUUGUCAAUCAGGACCAAACACCAGAUACGUCUACUCUCGAGUCGGAGCCCGAGCCAAUCCGCAAGCGAAUCAAGCAAGAACCCUCUAAACCUUUGACUGUGUCUGCUCAGCCCAAGUCUUCGGCGCGCAAGCCAUCAGUACCACAAACGAGAGGAAAGAUGGCAGAUGACAAGGCUACGGCCAAACCCAAGCCUACCGUCGCAAGCAAAGCUAAGCCCGAGACUACAAAAGCAACCAAUCCCAAAACCCAAACAACCCAGGCAAAAGAGAAGGCACCACUUAUCAAAGAACCCACAAAGCCAGCAACGCGAAAGCGCAAAGCUACAGAAGAACCUAUUCCGGAAGAGAAGCCCAAGAGACAGUUGCGCAAUUUUGCUGCACCCACCGCGAGCAGCCAGAGUAAAACGUCCGAGACCAAGGCUUCAGAACCAAAGACUACGAGAAGUGGCAGGGCCAGAAAGUAG